CACUUGGAGUCAUGGCCCCCAUCGCGCUCUUGCUCAAGUCUGCGGACGCCAAGUACACGACGACCUUUGCGGCCGCGGGGUUCGCCGCCGCCUUCUCCGACGUGCUGACGUUCGAGGCGCGCAACCGCGACGUCCUGCGCGAGCGCCUGCGGUCACUCGCGUUGUACGACGGCCUUAUCAUCACGAGCCCGCGCUCGUCCGAGGCCAUCGUCGAAGCCUUGAUGGCCAUGGACGACGCUGAGCGAGCGCACGUGCUCGCGCAGCUCCAGACGCUGCCCGUCUUCUCCGUGGGGCAGAAGACGUCGGCGCCGCUCACCGCCUUGGGCGUGAACUGCAGCGGCGAGGCGUCGGGCUCGGGCGACGUCCUUGCCGCGCACAUUGCGUCGGUGCAGGACCCGACAUCGACCAAGCCAACGCUCUUUCUCUGUGGCGAGAAGCACCAUGAUGCGCUGCCCACGAGCUUUCGGGCCCGCAACCGGAUCCUCGAAGAGCUCAUCGUCUACGUCUCUGCGUCCGUCUCGACGAUCGACUACUUUGCUUUGCAGGCCGCGACGCCGGCGUGGGUCGUCUUCUUUAGUCCGAGCGGUGUGCACACGGCCCGCGCGAUGCCCAACGUCGACUGGGCGCGCAUCAAGAAGGCGGCGAUUGGCAAGACAACGGCGGCGGCGCUGGCCAAGGUCGCCCACGAAACGAGCGACGAAACAUGGAGCGCCGACGCCAUUGCCGUGGCCCCAACGCCGGAAGGUCUCCUCGAAGCCAUGCGUGCUGUUGAGGGUAGCGCCACAUAACACACAUUCGAAAUCAAUGCAUCGGAUCCUCAUUACACGCCA